AUGGAAACCGAGGUCGAGAACGUCCGUGUGCUCUCGCGUGGCCGCCUGGAGGUCUUCCCGCGCGAUGGCGUCGACGAAGCCGCGGACGCGCUGCGGAAGGACGUCCUCGGUAAGGACUACCCCCGCUGCCUCUGCCACUCGAGCCGCUACGGCCUCACCUUCCUUGCGACGCCCGCCGGGCUCGGGGUCACGGCGUUCACGACGCUCGAGGAGGCAACGCUGGCGAGCGUCGAGCGGGCCGAGAACAACGUUGACCCGCUCGUGGCGCUGCCAGUGACGUUCACGGUGGCGCUUCCUACGUCGCCCCACUUCCUCGCGCUCUCGGCGGCCGAGACGCUCCUCGCCGUGGCCUUUGACGAUGUCUUGGCCGUCUACGAAGUCGCUCGGCUCGUCGAAGGCUCGCACAACCCCAUCUUUAUGAGCAACAACGUCCAGACUCGGCAUCUGUGCUGGUCGUCGAUGCAAGGAAUGGGCCAAGACGCGUGGCUUGUCGUCUUGACGACCGACCGCCAGAUUCACGUGUACAACAUGAAGGGCGACUUGGUCUGCGCACACAGCAACAUCGAAGCAACAUCCAUCUGCUGGGCGCCUGAGGGCAGUGUCCUUGCUGUCGGUGACGACGAAGGCAUCAUCUCCAAGCUCGAGUACACGUACGACGACGCGAGCGGCGAGGGUCACUUGACGACCAUCACCACCUAUGACAAGCCCGACCACGUUGGCGACAGCUGCCGAGUCCACCACUUGAACUGGGCCGAGACCGACCUGCUCUUUGCCGGCUACAUCAACGACGAGGACGAAGUGGCGUCGUGCAUCUUUGACGGCGACGGCGUCUUUGACACGACAGAGCUCGUCGCCUUUUUCAUGAGCGACUCGCGCGCCCACGUCUUCUACUCGUGCUACCUCCAGCCCUGGCGCAUGUUCUUUGUCGGGUGUUCGCUGAGCACGGACAUCGAGUUGCUCGUGUCGGACCCCGAGUCGGGCGAGUGGCAGAUUUGGAAGCCGCAGGAAAAGUACUCGCCGCGCCUUCCGAUGGACGCAGACGACGAGGACACGUACCCGGUGGGGAUGGCGGUCGCUCUCAACUCGACGGCGGUGCUGCCGGGCGACGAGGUCGACAGUCCGUUCUACGCGUGUCCGCUGGUGCUGUGCGCGACGACGGACGGCAUUUUGCUCAACUUUGCACUCCUCGACACGAACGAAGCCGACUUCCCGUACCUUGUGGUGCCGGCGUCGCCUGUCUUUGCUGCGGUGGGCAGAAGCGACGUCAAGCGGGAGGAGGAAACCGCGGUACCACCACGAUCGACAAGGCCGCGCGGCAACAUCACGAUGGACAAGGGAUCGUUCACGCCCGACAUCUCGCAGGCACUGGCCCGCAUGGCCACCGCACCUGGCUUUGGCUCGUCGCGCAAAGCCGUGACCAAGCCAGCGGAUCUGCCCAAGGAGACGAAUCAGAGCAGCAGCACGUACGCUUCGGCGUCACCGCCGAGCCGCGCACCUCCAGCACCAACGCCUGCGACGCCAUCACAUGCGGCAGAAGACGCGCUCUGGAAGCAAAUCCUCGCGUUCGAUCGGACCUUGCAGCAGCUGCGCGCGACACCGCGCUUGGACGUCGCAGCGCACGAGAUCCUUUUCUAUGACGUGCGACGCGAUGUGCUUGCAACGUCCGACGGCGUCCAGCAGCUCGACAGAAGCUUCCAUGCGACCGAAGCCGACGUCGCUGGUGUCGUCUCGCAGAGCAAGACCGUGCGCGACGAGAUCGACCAAGCCAACCGGCUGCAAGAGUUUGCCGAUCCGGCGACGGAGCCUCUCGACGCGCGGUCAUUGGCCACGUACGAGGAGCUGCAGCGAAAGAUGCGCGUCGUGCAGGAGACGUGCGCCUGUCUCACGGCACAUCUCGGGUACGUGGGUCUCGUCGUCGUGACGGACGGCUCUCUGAUUGAAUGCGGUAGCUGCCACCGUCCGAACGAGGUGCUGCGCGCGCUCAAGCACAGCUACGACCGCUCCAAAGAGCAGUACAACCAUGCGCUGGAUCUGGCACGUCAUAUGGACAAGCUCACGCCGGCAGUGGCACAGCCAGUCGCGCCCUCCAUGCUGCUCGCGCUGCGCGAGGAAGACGCGAGUGUCUCCGAUCUCGAUAGCGUCUUUGGCACCCUACGUGUCUGUGCGCCUCGGCUCGUCUCGACGUCACUCGCGCCGCCACCAACGACCACGUCGGCCGCCAAGCCGCCGCGUGUCCGUAGCUCGCUCCUUUCGACGACCGCGCUGACGAUUCCGGCGCCGCCCAAGACGCCGAGAGGCCACCUCUCGUUCCAAGCACCGUCCCCGAUGCCGACGAAACCGGUGCAGGCAAGAGAUGCACCGACGAGCGAGACAACGGCGUGUCUGAACGACGCGCCAUCGUCGCCCGGCGGCCAGAGCCCCACUUCAUCCGUCCCAUCGACACCGACAAGGACCACGAACCCGUCCAAGCCCAUCAAGGUGGCGAUGUCGCCCAAGGCCAAGGCCCAGUCGCCACGGCAGCGCCCCACGCCGAUCCCGAUCCCGCCGCGUGUCGUCUCGGAGCCCGAGAGCGACGAGUCGCCUCGCGCGCGCAAAAUGUCGCUGGGCGCCCGGACGCCGCCGCCGUCAGUGCUGGGGCGACCGCCGACACCCAAGCUGGCCGCACGCAAGACAGCGUACGCAACCGACGUCAAGUCGCGACCGAUCAUGUCGCCGCUGUCGCUGGACGCGCCCAACUACCUCGGACGACUCGAGAGUUUCUGUGCCAAGUACGCCCCGGGGCACGUGAUUGCGCAGAGCGCAAUGGAGCGGCUCUUGCGCGACCACGCUGGGCGCGAGACCGAGUUGUUUCUCCAGCUCUUGCGGCAGUUUGUGCGAAAGGACGCAACCGAAAGCGACGCGCACGCGUACGUAACCCGGGGCGCGCUUCCGCCACCACCAACGGUCAACUACAAGGCGCUUCUGACUGCCUUUUACGCCAAGCACAACCCAGCCAAGCUCCCCGAAGUCGACGAACUCCUCGCCAAGUACCACGGCAACGAAGCGCGGCUCUUCAAGAGCCUCCAACUCAAGUACACUGCGACGAACGCUGCGUCCCGCCCGACGUACGUCCCAGCUUAAGACCUGUCGUCAGUCCUCCUCUUGCGUGUUUU